AUGGCGCCGCUGUCGCUGUCGCUGCUGGCCUCGCGCUCCUCGCUCCUGCGCCGCGUCCCGGCCUCCCUGUCCAGCAGCUUCCACUCGAGCUCCGGGUCGCUGCGCACGCGCGCGGCCGAGCGCUCCCAGGCGGGCCCCUCGCUCCCUUCCGGCGACGCCGCGUCGCCCCAGCUGAGCGUGCGCAACGCCGCCAAGGCGCCUGGCCAGCUGGACGUGCUGCUGCCGCUGCCGGGCGUCAAGGGCCUCACGCGCCUCGGGCUGCAGGACGCGGGCGCCAGCGUGCGCGACCUCAUCGAGGCCGUGCAGCGCGCCGACGACUCGCUCAAGAGCGUGGAGGUGGCCACGCCCGACGGCACCAAGCUGGCGCGCACCGUGCGGCUGGGCGAGCUCACGUCCAUGCCCUUCUGCCUGCGCCUGAACCACGUGAACGUGCUGGUGGAGGGCGACGCGGCCGCGCUGGACGAGCGCCGCGCGCGCGAGGAGAGCGUGGCGUUCGCGACGGUUAAGGCCGAGAUCGAGAAGGACCCACGGCUGACGUUGCCGCUGAGUGAGUUUUAUAGAAUGUGUCAUAAUGCGGGGGCGGAGGAGGCGGUGGCGACCAAGUGGCUGAGGGAGCUGCAGCGCCGCAAACUGAUCGUGCACUUCGACCGGUCCAGGAACCCGCAGCUCGAGAACGCCGUGAUUCUGAGGCCUUAUAGCUUGGAGAGUAUGCUGACGCUGCAGAACUCGCUGGACUCGGAGCUGUACAACAUCAAGCACGACCGCAGGGUGAAGGAGCGGGAGCUGGCUGAGCUCAACGGUACGCUCAAGAAGCUGCAGCAGGUGGAGAGCGAGGUGCACGUGUUGGCGCGCCGCAUGCCGAACGCGCAGAAGUGGGUGGGGCUGACCGGGCUCACGGGCUUCUACGGCGCGCUGAUGUACUGCGUGUGGGACGUCUACUCGUGGGACGUCAUGGAGCCGAUCACGUACUUCAUCGGCUUCACUGCCGUGCUGGGCAACUCGUUCUACUCGACCAUCACCAAGAAGGACCCGACGUACAGCAACAUCUGGCAGAAGCGCUACUGGGCUCGCGUGGACGCGCUCAGCAAGCAGCGCAAGUUCAACCCGACGGAGCUCGAGGAGCUCAAGGCGCGCAUCGCCGACCUCGAGAACGACAUCUCGCUGCUGUCCCAGUGGGAGAAAGUGGACGCGAACAUGGCGGCGAACCAGAGCAUCAAGGAGCUCAUGGCGGCCGAGACCAAGGCCUCCAAGAUCAUCAGCGAGGCGCGCCAGGAACGGGGCGAACGCCUCAAGCAGGCCAAGCUGGAGGCGGAGGCGGAGAUCACGGCCUACCGCAAGCAGAUGGAGCGCACGUUCCAGAUGAACGGCAACACGGACCUGAUGGGGGACGACCCGAGCAUUCUGGAGGAGGAGACCCAGCGCGACAUCAAGAAGAUGCAGGCCGAGUUCCAGCAGAACAAGCAGUCGGUCAUCACGAUGAUGGGGCAGCACGCUGUCCGCGUGCAGAUUCGUGUGCCGGAGGCGCGUAAAGCUUAAGAUAAGAGGGAGGCGGAACUUUGAGGAAGAUGGAAUUAGGGCGGCGAGACGGACUGGAUCUGCGUCUACAGUUGCAGUCCGAGACUUGGAGCUGUAGGACGGACGAAGCAGAGCUCGUCGUCGUUAUUCUCGUGAAUCACAAGAUACUUGUCUUAUGUGC